AUUGUAUGCCUUAUUUGUUUUCUUUGAUGUAACUGCUUCACAUGAUGCUACUUCACCCUCAGAAAAGUUGCCUGGUAUCAGAUGCCUCAUUAUUUCCAAUCUUCCAUUCAAAUACAUGGAUUCUGACUCAUUUUUCUCAGCUAAAUCCAUAAGACUGGUCAAUGGAAUACACAGCUGUGAGGGACGUGUUGAAAUCUUACGCAAUGGAUUGUGGGGCACCAUCUGUGAUGAUUCCUGGGACUUAAUGGAUGCAAAGGUUGUGUGCAGACAGCUCGAUUGUGGCAGCGCCGUCACAGCAAACGGAAACGCUUUCUUUGGUCAAGGCUCAGGAAACAUAACUCUGGAUGAUGUAAAUUGUACCGGGAAUGAGGAUAGAUUGGAGGAAUGUUCUCAUGGAGGAUGGUAUCGUCAUAACUGCAACCACGGAGAAGAUGCUGGUGUCAAGUGCUCAGGUAUGUUCCAUAGUCUGAAAUAUAAUGGCAUAACAGGAAAGAAAGUGCAAUAUGUUUACAUACUUUCCUCCUGUGAGGGACGUGUUGAAGUCUUACGCAAUGGAUUGUGGGGGACCGUCUGUGAUGAUUCCUGGGACUUAAUGGACGCAAAGGUCGUGUGCAGACAGCUCGAUUGUGGCAGCGCCGCCACAGCACACGGAAGCGCUUUCUUUGGUCAAGGCUCAGGAAACAUAACUCUGGAUGAUGUAAAUUGUAGCGGGAAAGAGGAUAGAUUGGAGGAAUGUUCUCAUGGAGGAUGGUAUCGUCAUAACUGCAACCACGGAGAAGAUGCUGGUGUCAAGUGCUCAGCGGCUUUCACAACUCCAUUGCCAAGAGUUGAACUCACAACUCAUCCUGAAGAAACAAGUGGUUUGAUGGAAACAACAUUUGGUUAUUCUACACCUGCUCUUCCAGUGAUAGAGACAACCCCUGAACCGAUACCGACUACACCAACUACUGCUCCUAAAGCUACCAUUCCUAUAGAUUAUAAUACCAUAGUAUAUGUCAAGUUGACCAUAGUGUGCACUCUGAUUCUUGAUCCAGAUUUAUGGAAUUUCUUGAUUGCAUGUAAACUUGUGAAGACGAAGAAUAAUGACACAAUAAUUUAUUACAAUGUAAUCAAGACAAUCAACCCCGAUUAUAUUAUUACAAGAAAGAAAAACUUUCAAUUUCAUGUUUUGUGUGAAAUGAAGCAGAACACUAUUGUGGAGACGAUGUUUAUUGCUCACAAUGCGAUUGACCUGACUCAAAGGAAAAUUGGCCAUUACAAUGUUUCUCUGGCAUUCUAUUCCUCACCAUCAUUCAGCCGUAGAAUUGUGGGAUCACCAUACUACGUUUCACUCAACCAGAAUUUAUAUCUCCAAGCUACUCUGCACAGUUCUGAUCCAAAUCUUAUACUCUUCCUAGACACAUGUGUCGCGUCUCCAGAUAGUAAUGAUUUUAGAACCUUGACCUAUGACUUAAUCCGAAGCGGAUGCGCACGAGACUCUACUUAUAGAAGCCUGUCCUCACCAAGAAACAAUAUAGUUCGUUUCCAAUUCAACUCCUUUAAGUUCCUUAAUGAGUACAAUUCAGUUUACCUACAAUGUAAAUUAGUAGUGUGUAGACUAGAUGAUCAUUCAUCUCGAUGCUACCAGGGAUGUUUAAUGAGAAAGAAGAGAGGCGUGGACGAAACUCAGGAGAAGAUUAAUGUUGUUGUGGGACCACUCAAACUUCUGAAAGAUGAGAAUCAAAUCCAAAAAUAGGGAUUCCCUCCCCUCCCUCAUUUGACUAUGUUUUCUAGUUAAAAUGAUGAAAGCUAGAUAGAUGCCUAAAAUAAUAAUCAUACCCAUGUUACUCCGUAGAUAAAAUGGUUCAAAUCCAUAGAAAAAUACUAUCUUUUAUACAAGCAACUAAAAUCAAAUGAAAUAAUAAAACAACAUGUUAAGAUCUUCAGAGCGCUUCAUCAGGCAAUAUUAGGGGAUGAGGGAAAGGAAGAUUAGUCUAAACAGCAUUUUAUGUAGUCAAGAUCUUUAUAUUUAUGGCUUUUUCCUAGGUGGUUAUGCAAUUUGCUGACAUCAACACAUCAUGAUAUAAACAGGCUGUUUAAUUUUGUUAAGCACUUUAUACAAAAAUGCCAAAGCCCACUUGAGAUUUGUGUUCCUCAUGAUGGUUGUUAGCCUUAUGAAAAUAUCUGAGAGUUCUUAUUACAACCAUUAGUGCUAUCCAAAUAAUUUUACUAUUUGACACUAGAAAACAGCUAACUUUUAAAAUGUUCUCUACAUGUUUGUCAUUCUUAUUUUAUUAAAAUCUGAUAUAAAAGAUAUACCAAUUCUAACAGUCAACCUACAAAGAAAAAUAUGCACCUGUAUUUUCAUAUAGGAAGGAUGUAUUUAAUAUAUAAAUCGUAUAAAUAUAUCAUGUUAGUGUAGCAUCUUUUCUUGCUCUGAAAAGCAAAAUUACUUCAAUUAUUUCUGAAAAUAAUUGCAGAUUAUCCUUUUUUCUCCCACCCAAUAGCACUUUAUGAGGCAGCUUCUGUUGUCUGAGAAGUUAAAUGAUAUAUUAAGACUUGGUCAGACUUUUAAUAAAUUGAAUAAUUUGCUGAAGACUAAAGGGGUCAAUAUAAGCCUACAUGGAACUGCUAAACUAAUGAGAAAAGGAUAAUUUUAAAAUAACCCCUAAAGAUGGACGAGCUACAAAAUCGAAAAGUUUUAGUAUUCUAUGCUAUAUAUAAGAAUAGAAGAAUUUUGUCACCACAUUAAUCUCAAAUUAUAGGAAAUUGUAUUUUGCUUCCAAUGCAUUGCAA